AUGGCGAAGACCGCCUCCAUGGAGGAUGAUCGAGGGCCAAUUUAUCAGUGGCUUUCUACAGUGCAAGAUCAGGAUCAAUGUGGCCACCGGAAUACAGCUGAGAAGAAACAGCAGGAGGCGGGUGCAGCAGUAAUGACAGGCAUUCCUCUCAUACCAUUGGAAUCACCCGAAGCCUUGCGUGGGAUACGUCGUUCGACACGCAAAAAACGGAGUGUUGGUCAUCUUGAUCAAUCCAGAACAUCCCCUACUCCACAAAGCCCCACACGAGAUGACGGUCGCAGCAAGAGAGCACGGCAUAGCUAUGAGCGACAGCCCAGACACAAGACCCGCGAUGACCAUUACGAGUACAAAGCGCCAUCAGCUGCAGAGUCUCGACCACACGCUUGCAAAGGCAAGGCCAAGAAUGUACGUGGCAGAAAGCAUACUUUGAAUGAUUUCCAGGCUGUCAAUGUCACUGGAAAUAGAUUGACGAUUCCCAAUCAAGCCAAUUUGGGCAUCUUCAACAAGGGAAAGACAUCUUCAGCAGCUGAACACCCCGCAAAUCGAACUUCGGUUGAUAUCUCGAGAGAUGUUCCCAGGAAGAGACCUAAGAGGAACGCAGCAGAGUCUGACUUGGCUUUUUCCGAAAUGAACUUCUUAUCACGGAGAAAAAACAUCAGCCCGGGGCCAACGUUAGAAGCCCCUGAGGAUACUCCGUGUGUGCAACAUGCGGAACGGAGUCAAUUGAAUACGUUGUUAUAUUCACAUUCAAAGGAUCUAUCGAAGAAUGCUUCGGUACAGGCCAGCAAAUCAUUUCUCGGCUUACGGCAACAAGUCGACGUCUCUCCCACCCCUCUGUCCUCGUUUGCCGAUACCCUCGAUGACCUUCAUCUGCAACAAUACCUGCUCGAACUUCUGCACACUGGCUUGGACCCAAAAUCUGUCUCUAGUGUUGCCCCUGAUAAACUCGCAACUUUCAGGCAUUGGAGCCUCUCCGAGCUUUGGACGCUUUUGGAAGAGCGAAAAGCAUAUUGGUCGACAGAGACUGACAACAAGCAGCAAUCGUCGCCCAGACCCAAAUCAAGGGACGAAGGCACUGUGAGGCAAGCAGUACACUCAUUCCAUAAAGCUAUUACACCACACCAACUGGGGUUUGUUUGUGCUGAUACCAACGAGAGAUUUCAGGCGUAUCCAAAUCCAAGAGACGCAUCUGAACCUUCCUCUGGAGUGCAUAGCGAUUCAUUUGAACUACGGGGCUCAGUUUUCAAAAGGAAGAAGACUGAGCAACAUCAAACACAAGAGCAAUGUGCCCUUGCCUUUUCAUUGCAGGCUAUCGACGACUGCAAAACCUCGGAUGUCUUGAUGGAAAACCGCCUAAGCCUGCCUCUGGCUCUUGAGUUAACAAAUGAGCAUCUCUCUACGUUUUCACAGGAUGACUUGUCAACAAAUGCGCCUGUUUUUGAGCUGGAUAAAUUGAACCGCUUCGCAGAUGACGACUUGUUCUAUGAAUCACUGGACGCUGCUUACCACUCCAUCCUCCACCCUGAAACUGCAGGACAAGAAUUUGUCCAGGAUGAACUCGAGCUGGCCAUCCUCUUCGGCUCAUCAAGAUUCAAUGAACCUGUUGAUUUAUUUGGUACUCCCAAAUCAGCGCAACGUAGGAGCAGUGCGAUCCCUGUUCAAGUUGUGAAGACAGAACAAAUACCUCAGCCACCCCUCGCUCAAAACAUCAAGCAGGACGGAGUUGGCACAGGACUGUUAGGAGUCAACCAUCAAAAUGAGCUGCCUCAAAACGAUGGAGGCUUUGAUCAAAACAGAUUUUUGCCCUGGUUGACUGGAUACAACAGUUCGCAACCGCACGUCCCGACUUCGCGCACAUUGGAUCGAAAUCAAGGCUCGGCUUUAUUUGGCUUUUGGCGGCAGAACAAAUUGUAUUAA